AUGAAUAAAGCGGAUCAAAAAAAGAAACUACCCCAGGAGGGUACCAGCGCUGCAAGCAGUGCUGGAGAAUCCCUCCCUGGAGCUUUGGAUAUGCCGUCGCAACCGACCAUAAUCAGGGCUUCAGGCCGCCCCUCGUAUUCUGGGGGGGGCAACGGUUCGCCUAGCGUCAAAUAUACUCAAACGCACACAUACAAACCUACACACACACCUACAACAGCAGCAGUAGCCUCACCAUAUCGUGGUGUGAAUACUGCAGCCGAAGAGAAUUGUUCUAUAGAGAACGACAAGAUAAAUCCUUUCACCCGGGGGGGAGCCGUUCAGAGGUCACCACCAACCCAGAACACUAGCCAGGACACUGAUAUGAGCACUAUACUAGCAAAAGAAACAACAUCUACAGAAGACCAACAGACUGACACAAACACAUGGAAAAUGGUGCAACCAACUGAAGGACGUGAAAGAAAAGGCUCACUAGGAGCCAAUGAAAAUAACACGAGAAGUUUAGAAGGCCUGCGCGGAAAGGCAGAGACGUGCUUUUUUGCGCGUCCCUUAGGGAAGGAAACUGAACGACCGUGCGUUUUUGCGCGUCCCUCGGAAAAAGAGAGCGAAGCGGACGUUUCUGACUGCUCACUCGCGUCGACCGCAUCAACUGCUUCAGGAACGCGAAAAAGGCGACAGCCUUACUUGUGUAAGCCGGGAAAGGCAAAGAAAACUGCGGUGGAGGAUGAUCAUGCACUUGACCCCUAUGAGGCUACGCCAAGUAUGAAGACAAAAAAAGAUCUGCCUACUGUCGAGAGCAUUCAGAACGAGCUGAAGGACUGCACGUCUGUUGACAUAAUGACUCGUAUCUUUGAGUCUAUCUCAACUAUUGAAAAAGUUGCAGAUAGUUCUCGCAACUUGAGGGGUGCUCAUGCACAAAACAUUCGUCUGGCUGCUCGCUCUGCGAUGGCGGCGGCAUCAGAGCUGGCACAAAGAAGCUCCAACUUAGACGUGGAGAAGCUAAGGAAAGAAAAUGGGGAGCUCCGCUCAGAACUUGCCAGCCUUAAAGCUGAAUUGACAAGUUUGACAGUGGAGGUAAAUUGUCUCCGCCAAAGGGGCACGGGGGCAGAAGGAUGGGCCCAACAAACUGGGAAAUCAAGGAAGGACAAAGAUCCACUAGUGCAACGUAUUUCUGCUCUAAUGGAUGAAAAACUGGCAGAGUUUAGAGCAGAAAUUAUGCCUCAACAAGACGCUAGAUCAACUUUGGGACAAAAGCUAGAAAAAACAACGGGGAUGGUACAGUCAAAAGGUAAGACAAGCAAGAGAUCGAAGAAAAAGCAAAAGGAAGAUACUCAAAGACCACAACUGGUUAGCGACACUCGGUCGGAGGCAACUUUGGACGCACCAGGAUGUUUGGAGCCAGAGCAACUAGCUACUGCCACUUGGGCUAAAGUUGUGGGGCGAAAAACAAGAACGUCCGCUUCGAAGAAAGACACAGGUGCCACAGCAGGUUCAGCUACUGCUUCAGGGCAGGCGAAGAAGACAGCAAAGACACCUCCUGUCCCUAAAACCGCGGCGGUCACUAUCACUCUGACUGAAGGUGCUACAGUCAACUACGCUACUGCUAUGGCAACUGCCAAGCAGCGGGUAAGUUUAGCGGAGUGCGGAAUAUUGCAGGUACGUCAAAAAAAGGCUAUUACAGGGGGUCUUGUUCUUGAAAUUCCCGGACCCGACAGUGCCAAAAAGGCUGACGCUCUAGCAGAACAACUUAGGACGGCUCUCGCCGACAUGGGUGUUAGAAUUGCACGGCCAGUCAAAACGGGAGAGAUAAGGGUAAUGGACCUGGAUGAAUCCAUCGCAAAACAGGACGUUGCAGUGGCUAUAGCUGAGGCUGGAGAAUGCCCUGAAGAGCAAGUGAAGGUGGGUGAGAUUCAGUAUAGCGCCUCCAGGUUGGGUACAGUCUGGGUCCGAUGCCCACUGACGGUUGUUCGCAAACUUGCUAUAGAAAAGCAUCUGCGGAUAGGAUGGGUCAGUGCAAGAGUGCGAGUCUUGGCACCUAGGCAGUUACAAUGCUUUCGUUGCCUAGAAUUUGGGCAUGUCCGGAAGCAAUGCUCGAACACCGUGGACAGAAGCCUGUGUUGCUAUAGUUGCGGGGAAUCGGGACACAAGGCCCGCGAAUGUAAAUCGAAAGUGCCAAAAUGCCCAGUAUGUGCGGAUCUUGGUCGGCCAGCAGACCAUAGAUUAGGGGGCGAUAAAUGUAACCCCCCUAAGAAGGCGAGAACUAAAGGGAGACUCAAAGAACCUUUCGUGUCUCAUAGACCAAGUGAAAUUGAUCAGCUGGCCAAUGAGCCAGCAGAGAAGGGCAACUUGAACCACUGCCGGGCUGCACAGGACUUGUUGUUGCAAAGUCUGGCUGAGUGGUCUGUUGCCUUAGCUGUGGUGGCUGAGCCCUACAAAGUCCCCAACCAUCCUCGCUGGUUUGGUAGCGUUGGGGACGCCGUCGCGAUAUACUGGGCGGGAAGGCAAAGCGAUCCGCCUUGUUCCAUUCUGGAGAGAGGAUCAGGUUACGUCGCUGUAGAAUGGGGUCCCCUGGCAGUGCUGGGCUGCUACAUUUCUCCCAACUCCGGUAUUACCGUCUAUGAAGCAUACCUAGACGAGUUGGCUGCCUGUAUCCGCAGAUGCUUGCCCCGCCCUUUGAUAAUACUGGGUGACUUCAACGCGCACUCAAGGGUCUGGGGGGACAAGCGUGAUGAUCGAAGGGGUGAUAUCAUCCAAGAGUGGGCGGCGGAACUUGACCUUCGUCUUUUAAAUCAGGGCUCGACAAGCACUUGUGUGCGGUGGCAGGGGGAGUCGAUCGUGGAUCUUACAUGGGCGACCCCUCCUGCAUCACGUAUGGUGUCAGGAUGGCGGGUUGCAGAAGAAGUGGUCACACUGUCAGAUCACCGACACAUAGUUUUUGUAGUCUCAGCGGGAACUUCUGGCAUCAUCGAGCAACAAAAUAGCAGCCAAUCGCAACGUUGGGCCCUUAAAAAGCUAGACCGCGAUUUAUUAGUUGCAGCUGCCUGCGUCGAAGCCUGGCCAGAACGAAUUCAUGGUGUCUUAUCCGAUCCGGAAGAGGAGGCGUCCUGGUUUCGGGAAACUAUGACACGGAUAUGCAAUACAUCGAUGCCAAGAUGUCGGCAGGCCAAAAAUCGGGCGGUUUAUUGGUGGUCCGAAGACAUUGCACAACUGCGCAGGACAUGUCUAAGGUCCAGACGCCAAUAUACUAGGGCCAGAAGAAGACGGAGAUCUACAGCUGAAGCAAUCGCAACUGCCUACUCCACUUACCGGGAAGCUACAAAACUGCUCCAGAUCGCAAUUGCAAACGCUAAAGCGCGGAGCUGGAGAGAGCUGCUCGAAGGGCUGGAUAGGGACCCAUGGGGACGCCCAUACAAAAUGGUACUGGGCAAACUCAGACCAUGGGUCCCUCCACUGACCGAAACUCUUGAGCCAAAUUUGGUAGAGCGAAUAGUCGAUGUUCUUUUUCCUAGAUCCCAAAACAGCCCCACCACCAUCGCGGCACCGCAAGAAGCCUGGUCAGAUGAACUAGAUGUCUCGGAAGAGGAACUAAAGCGAGCGGUUAGGCGUCUCGCAACUUGUAAUACCGCACCUGGGCCAGAUGGCAUACCAGGCCGCGCCUGGGUGUUAGCUUUGGAGGUUUUAGAAUAUAGGUUGAGACACCUAUUCAACAGUUGUCUUCAAUCAGGCAUAUUCCCAUCCGGGUGGAAGGAAGCGCGGCUAGUUCUCCUUAAAAAGGAAGGUAGACCCAUGGAGUCCCCAUCAGCUUACCGACCCAUAUGUCUCUUGGACGAAGCAGGUAAGCUGUUCGAGCGGAUUAUAGCUGCCCGUCUCAGCGAUCAUCUAUCACAUGUGGGCCCCGACUUGUCCGAAAGUCAGUUUGGUUUCCGGCAGGGCCGAUCAACAGUCGAUGCGAUCCUUUGCGUACGCGCCUCUUCGGAACGGGCCCUUAGCAGGGGUGGGGUGGCAUUAGCGGUGAGCUUAGAUAUUGUCAAUGCCUUCAACUCACUUCCUUGGGCUACUAUAAGGAAUGCGCUAACUCACCAUAACAUUCCCGUAUACCUGCGCAACAUAGUUGGGGCGUACCUAAGCGACAGAUCAAUCACUUACACAGGGCGGAAUGGUCGCAUGCACAGGAGAGAAGUAAACUGUGGUGUUCCACAGGGUUCCGUAUUAGGACCACUUCUGUGGAACCUGGCCUACGACGCAGUUCUUCGUGUCACUGUCCCCUCUGGUAUCACCCUAGUCUGCUACGCCGAUGACACUAUGGUGUUAGCUGAAGGCAACACAUUCGAGGAGACAUCAAGGCUCGCAGAGAGGCACUAUGGUUCCAUGGGCUUCCUAGGCGACUGGAACCACCCAGCUCAUCGAUUCGAGUGGGUGACGUAG